ACGCGUCAAACGCCUCAUUAUAUGGUCACUGGAAGAGAACUCCGGUUGCCAAUCGAUCUGACUUCAAACACACUAGGAGAGGAUACACUGAUUGCAUCUGAACACGUAAUCAGACUUCGACGAAACCUGAACAAGGUACAUCAGAUGACUAGGGAUAUACUCCAAACAAACCAGAGGUACCAGAAAGAAUACUAUGAUAGGAAAGCACAUGGAUCACCAGUGGAGCCAGGAGACAAGGUGAUGCUACUUAAGGAGGCACCACCUAAAGGGAAAGCUCUUAAAUUCCAUAAACGCUGGGAAGGACCAUUCACUGUAGUAGAGGUACUAAGUGACUGCACCUGUAGGAUUCAGGAACCGAAUUCCUCUCAUAGUCUAGUCACACACUUCAAUAGACUAAAACCUUUUCGACAACAGGCCUUAGAGCAGACAAGUCCCGCAGGAACAGUCACCUAGCACUGCGGACAGUGCUCCUAUGGGAGAGGGGGUAGUGUAAGGCAUGGUAAGUUUGGCGGUUUUCUAAUGUUCAAACCAUGCUUGUCUACUUUCAGGUUGGCUGCGAAGUAUGCAGGGAUUGGUUACCCAAGACGAGGCAACGGAUGACCAAUAGGAGUGCCCUUCCCUCUUAUCUACUUGUAUUGCGAUUGGUUGUAAAUAUAAUACUUGACCUUGAGUCCUCGUUCUUACUAGCACGCAACACUUGUGUGAUCACACUGCUAACGUGCGCUUUGCUCUCUGUUUCAGAUCAUUGCUUGACGAGUGGGAUUACAAGUAUCACAUGUUGAAAAUUCCAUGCUUCUUCCAAAAAAUACUGUGUGGAAUCAAGCAAUAUUCAAAGAUAAAAAAGUAAAAAAAAUCAUUGGUUAGCUUUAAUUGAAUAUUGAAUUGGGAAAAGACCUAUCUAAGCAAUAAGCGGGGUUUUCUAUCGUGAUGCUACUUUUUGACUUUUUGUACUUGUUUAGCGGAAGUAUAUUUCUUUUUGGAAUAAUAUCAGCAGAGUCGCGAAUUUAUGUAGUGCGCAAUCAACCAUUUGAUGGACUUGUAGAUAGUUUCCAAGAUGCUGUCAGCGUUUUUGGACCUGAAAUUUUUCACAGAGAUGGUUAUCUUGUAGUCGCAAAACCAGAUGAUGCUUGUACUGGUAUUCAACCACCUCCAUCAAACUUCAGUGGACAAGAUGUCAACAGAAGUGCACCUGUCGUUUUCAAUUCAUAUUUUGCCUUGAUAAGGCGUGGGAAAUGUGAUUUCGAUUUAAAAGCAUGGAAUGCUCAGCAGCAAGGUUAUAGAGGGGUUAUAGUUUACAAUACAAUUGAUGGAAAAAUAUUUCCGAUGAAUGGUCGAAAAUACGUUAAUCUAAUUACCAUCCCAUCUGUCAUGGUGGAUAAAAGUGCUGGAUUGAAGUUAAUGCGUUAUUCCGUUGAUAACAAUUCAAAGGAGUUUAUGAUAAAUAUGGUCAGCUUUUAUGGUCUACCGUUGAAGUAUGUACUUCUUGCACUGCUGAUUGUUGUUGGCACUUCACUGUUAAUCCUUGUGAUUUCAUUUGUUAUACAUUUGUGCCGAUUUUGGCGUCGAAUUAAUCGCGGUCGUCUGUCACGACGACAUUUACGUCGGUUGGUUAUUAAACGCUUUGUCAAAGGCUUGGAUCCAUAUGAUGUAUGUUCAAUUUGCUUGGAAGAUUAUGCUGAACGUGAUAAACUACGCUUAUUGCCUUGUCAACAUGCUUUUCAUAUGAAAUGCAUAGAUCCUUGGCUAUUAUGUAAUCGUCGACGUUGUCCAAUAUGUAAUCAAAUAGUCCAGUUACCAGGUGCACCUGAUAUGCCUGAUGAAAGUGAUGUGGAGGUGGUGAAUGAUAAUGAUCGAUUAGCAUCUAUUCCAAGACGAUUAUAUAAUUUUAUCAGACGUCGUAAUAGUCAUGAUCGUGAUAAUCGACGGGCGUCUGUAGAAUCUCAACAGUCUAAUGGACAUUAUGAAGCUGGUGAAGAAAGAACUCCAUUACUCUUCAAUACAAGUAGUACAAUUGAAUGUAAUACUUGUAAUGAUGAUACUGGUAUGCAUAAUUCUUAUCUAGAAUCAAGGCAUCCUAAAACAACACAAUCAUCGUUUCCUCAAGUUGAUGAUGAAGAUGAUGAGCUAGUUGAUGUUAAAUCAUCAUCAUCGUCAGGUCGUUCGAAUUCUAGUCCACCAGCUUUUGAAUCUGAAAGUCUAUGUAAUAAUAAUGAUAAUAAUUGCAAUGCGACAAUGAAUAUCUCAUCUUCAACUUCAUCGAGUCAUUUAUUGCCUAAUGUAAUAAAAUCUACCAGUCCACAUUCAUUGUCAUCAUCACCAUCGUCAUCAGUACAACCAACUGAUAGUAAUGAAGUCAAGGGUGUUGGAUCUUCAUCUCCUCAAAAUAUGUCGACAUUAGCACCAAAUGUCUCAACUAUAACGGUUACAUCAUCAACUCCAAAUCCAACUUCAACAACGACAACAACAACAACAGCGAGGGAUGAUUCUGGCGAGGAUGGCGAUGAUCUAUUACUAACUGAUGUAAAUGUGAAGACUGCAUAGGUUGACCCAUUUAUCAUCUAUUCACAAUAAUAUUAUUCAUGAACACUAUGUGUCUGUGUUUAUCGUCUGUUCGUUGGCUUGUUUGUUUAUCUCAUUCAUGCACACACUCACACACAGCCACACACACACGAAGUAAACAUUGACAUUUUGAUCAUUAUUCAUAAUUAAACUUGUUUGUGAUAAAGAGGUGAGUGAUGUCAUAAAGUACAAUGUGGUCAACGUAUUCUUGUCUAUACCACACACAGACACACACAAACUGAUAUACAAUUACUAACUAGACAUAAUGACUUUCAUUUGUUGUUUAUUCAUUAUUAUUAUUGUUAUUACUGUUAUUUUUCUAAUUGAUAUUGUAAUUUUCCCUUGGUACACACAUACAUUAUCGAUUUAUCACCCUAAAUGUGACGCCAUAUUUGAUUGCACCGAUUAUUAUAUGCUCGCCUUGCUCACAGUGUGUUUUGAAUGAAUGCAAACCAUUCUUGCGCGUGCGUGUGUGAGCAUCGUCAACUUAAUAACUUGAAGUGACUGGAUUGAUUCACUCUCAUAUUUCAACAGUUUACAAUUUGAGGAAUAUCUUAUUUUUUAAUUAAUUUUUUGUUGUUGCUUAGUUGUGAUUAUUAUUUGUUUGUUCAUGAGUAGUUCACCUUUGAGUUCAGUGUUCUAGUUGUUUGUAUGCGUGUUUGUCUGGGUGUGUGUGGAUGGGUGUGUCUGUUAUAUCACAGGAAAUUUUCAGUUCUCAAUAUUCCCUGAAACAAAUGUAAACAAAAUGUAGAUUAUCUACAAUUCGGUUAGAGAGGUGAAGAAGGCGGAGGAUGUAUGUUUUUUUGCUGAGAAAAUGAUAGAUGACUGACAAAAUGAAAAGUACUCUCUUUGGCUUUAUUUCGGCUUUAUUUGUGUUUCAUUCUUUUUCAUUUUAUCUCUCGCUCACACAUUUACACACACACACAAACACACACACACUAACGAACUCGUUUAUACUCCCUGUUGCAUUCAUUCGCAUGGAUUCUUUUUUUAAAACUACCCUUAUUUUCCUUUGGUGUUUUUCUUUUCUUGCCCACAUACCCACCGCAAUUUCCACUUCCAGAAAAAAAGGCGUGAAGUUUGAGAAGGAUGAAGUGAUUAUGUAAAUUCUGUGUGUAAUAUUUAUGUAAAAAAGAAAGAGAAGAAAAAUGGAGACUGAUUUGUCUUGCUCUAAAGGGUUUGUUGCUUUUCAUUCAUUCAUCUGUUCAAACAUUCAGCAGUGAUUAUAUUAUAUCGAUGUGUGUAACACUCUGCAUCUUAUUCAUGCUGGUGUUUUUUGUUUGGUUUCACUACUAUUCAAGAAAUCAGUACUAUAUGAAUAAAAAAGUGUAAUUAUAUAGAGUUGAACUAUUUUGAUUUUGGCUGAGGAGUUUUGGCUUGCAUUCCAAGAUUAUUCACGAAGUGAUAUCGGUUAGAGAAGUAUUGUUAUGUACCCAUCGAGUAGUUAAUAGUCCUGACGCGGAAAGAGG